GAUGCUGCCAUGUUUACGAUGAGCCAGAGGCUCGGUGGGCGUCAUGGAGACGAGAGGAGCAAAGAUUUGUGUUUCCCAGUCAUCAUCUGGCCGAAGUGUGCCACAACAAUGCAGAAGAGGGACAUAAACUUCUUGAACUCCCCACUUUGCGUUUCUCUCCUGCUUAAGCUCAUCCGGCCCAUCCUUAAAGGCCGGACGGUUCAGCCUGUCUCUCUUCCCCCCCUGUGGCAGAACCACCCCCAGCCUGAAACAAAAGAGAGAAGAGUGACUGUGGCGCUCUGUAGCCAGGUGUUCCCCACGAUGCAGCUGCCCUCCCCAGCCUCCCUUUGUGUGGCUCUAUUGUUGACCGGCCCUCCCCUCCUUGAUUCAUCGGCCACACAGGGGAAGCCCCUUUCAGGCUUGGGACAGGAGUGUGUGUGUGGUGUGUGUUGGAGAGUACGCGUGCCUUAGGGAAGCAGGCAUCUGCCCAGAGCCACUCCCCUCCUCCGCCUCCUCCUCAUGUCUCGGUGUAAAUCUGCUGCUCUCUGAUUGGUGAAGAAGCUCUCACUUCAAACCAGGCGACGGCGGACAUUGUUGCUCCAUCUGUCCGGCCGCUCAUUGUCCAACCGGCCUGCUGGAGGACGCCGUCUCGCUCCGGAAGAGGCUUGGAUGGAGCAACUUUGGCUCCUGAUUUGCGUUCAUUUCGCCUGCAGCGUUUCUCCUCAUCUGCUCAGCGAGGAUUUAAAUAUGUGGAAAUGAGACACCCAGGUCUGUCUGGCUCUGGCUCAGAUGAGUGGAGCUUGGUGAAGGAGCGCUGCUCGGCCCGGUGUGCUGGAUGUCUGUGACGGAUCCAUGGGCCAGAAGGACCAUGUGGAGGCGGGAGCAGUCCUCGACCUGGCGGCGGACCUGGAGUAUCUCCACGUAGCAGGGGCCGACCGGCAGGCUGGCGGCCUUGACGGACCCCCUGCUAUGGAGGAGCAGGCGGAAAGCUUCACCACCACCACCACCACAGUUGGUUCCCCUCAGGAGGAGAGCGGUGGGUCUGAUGGCGAGUGCAAGUCGGCGCCGCCGGCCACAGCAGACUCAGACGGAGGAGAGGUCAGCUACACUUCCAGUAAAAACACCCACCAGCCGCUGUGCCGCACGCCAUGUGUGGAUCUGGGCACGGAGGGGCCUCCUGAGCCUCUGUCGGAUCCCUCAGGAGGACCGGAGCGGGACCCUCCCGAGCCUCCAGCCGACUCCCCUGCACCAGGACCAGCGCCUAAGCCGGCGGGGAAGGAAUACCAGGCAAAGCUGGAGUUCGCCUUGAAGCUGGGUUACUCUGAAGACACUGUGCGCCAGGUGCUGUCCAAGCUCGGACCCGACACCCUCAUCAACGACAUACUGGGCGAACUGGUCAAACUGGGCACCAAACCUGACAGCGAGCAGCCAGCGGGAAUAUUGAUCUCUACCUCAUCGUCUUCGUCAUCCUCGUCUUGUGGCUGCUCUGACGUGCUAGAUGGCCAAAGAUCGGACUCUCCGCUACCCUCGGAGUCUGUCUGUGACCAGGACAACCUGCGGCCGAUCGUGGUGGACGGUAGCAACGUGGCCAUGAGUCAUGGAAACAAGGAGGUGUUUUCCUGUCAGGGCAUCCAGCUGGCUGUAGACUGGUUUGUGGAGCGUGGCCAUCAGGAAAUCACGGUUUUCGUGCCUGCUUGGAGGAAAGAGCAGUCCCGCCCCGAUGCUCCAAUAACAGAUCAGGAGAUCCUGCGGCGCCUCGAGAAAGAAAAAAUCCUGGUCUUCACCCCCUCACGGCGCGUCCAAGGUCGGCGUGUGGUCUGUUAUGACGAUCGCUUCAUCGUCAAGCUGGCUUAUGAGUCAGAUGGCAUCAUCAUCUCCAAUGACAACUACAGAGACCUGGCUAAUGAAAAGCCUGAGUGGAAGAAGUUCAUAGACGAGCGGCUGCUCAUGUAUUCCUUCGUCAAUGACAAAUUUAUGCCUCCAGAUGACCCUCUCGGACGUCAUGGCCCCAGCCUGGACAACUUCUUGAGGAAAAGGCCAAUCAUGCCUGAGCAGAAGAAACAACCCUGUCCAUAUGGGAAAAAGUGCACGUAUGGCCACAAGUGCAAGUACUACCACCCCGAGAGAGGAGCUCAGCCUCAGCGCGCCGUGGCCGACGAGUUGCGUGCCAGUGCCAAGAGCUGCGUCCCCUCCAAGAACCAGGGGGAUACUGGCCUGGUGAAGAGCCACAGUGUGCCAGCUGGCACCAUUGAGGCAAAAAACGGUGCCCCGAAAAGGCAAUCGGAUCCCAGCAUCCGAGCUCUGUCAUACAGUGACGCUGAGGAGAAGCUGCUGGUGAAAAGCAGACUAGAAAGCCAGAAGAGCAACAUAGGUGGGAGCAGCAGUAGCAGUUCUAGUAGCAGCAUCAGCUGUGGCGGAGGUUUAGCUGUGUCUUCAGCCCUGGCAGGACCGUCGCCUGGUUUUGGUCUUUUGCAAGACCAACAGUCCAGAUCAGGGACGCAUCUACCAGCCCCCAGCCAUGAUCUCUACCCUCACUGUGAGACUCCAGACUUAAGCUACUACUCUGUAACCCGGGCCUACUCUGGCCUGAGCCUCUCCUCCCGACGAAGCCCGGACUGCCGCUACCCCAACGAUCCGGAGCUGCGGCACGGCUCGAUGGGCUCCGCAGGUUCUGAAUGUGGGAGUGAAAGCAGCGUCAGUUGUGGCAGCAGCGAUUCGUAUAGUGACCGAUCCUGUCCCGGAUGCCCCCCAGAUCCUCUAUUAGAAGAAAGCAUUCAUUUCCCCAACCCCGCCGGCCGCCUGUACCCUCAUCACAUCGCUUCCAACCAUGAGCUGUGCAGUCUGCAUGCGGCAGAUUACCCAAGCAUCCAACACAACCACACCUCUAAUCCAGCCGUACAUUCCUACCAUCUGAAUGCUGCGUGUGGGCAGAGCUGUGUUCAUGAGCAGCCUCCACCAGAGGGACCCCCUAAACGGCCCCUUUACCCUCUGCCUCCUCACCUCCAACACCAGCCGCUAGCUGCCCGCUCCAGCUGCCCCGGGGACUACCACUCUCUGCCUCAAUCCAACCGUCAACCCCCCGGAUCUCCCAUUGGCCGCUGCCUGGCCCCCACUCGCGGUGAAAGUGUAUCCGACUCGCAUCUGUACGAACAUCUCUCUGCGUCUCACCACCACCAUCGACCGAAAACGCUGCCCAGCUGGGAGACAUAUUAUAGGCAGCCGUCACUCCCACCGUCGCGGUACGAGCCGUCGUCCUACCAGAGUCUGCCCGACGCGCAUCAGUCAUCCUGGCACCCCGCACCGUGGCCUCAAGAGGGCUACAGCUCGUCUCACCCAGCUCUGCACCCGUCCCCGACACGUUACCUAGGCCACCCGCCACCACCAGCCCUCUCUCCCCACCCUCCUUACCCGCCUCACAGCUCCCAUCUCGCUCUUCCGUCACACCCUCCUCCCCCGUACGGGCCGCAGCACCCCGAGUCCCCCGUGCACGGUCGCUACGAAGACGUGAGGGAGAAGGUUUACGUCGACCUUUGCAACAUCUUCCCCUCGGAGCUGGUGAGGCGUGUGAUGGCUAGGAACCCCCAUGUCACGGACCCCCAGCAGCUGGCUGCCGCCAUCUUGGCAGAGAAAGCUCAAAGUGGCUACUGAAGAAUCCCCUCCCGUUUGGACAGCAAAAGAAACAAGUCAAGAGGAACAGUCAUCUUUGAGAAUCUGUAACCCAGAAGCCCCAGUUCUUUUGUUUUCAUAGUCGACACGUCUUUAACAAGCAAAACUACUCACACGACUGCCCAAAGGAACUUAUACAAUUUUACAUCAAAAUUAUAACUUUGUCAGCUGCUACAUUAAUGAUGGUAAUGACCAGUUAUUAAACAUGUAUGAUACAUGGAUGUAUUGUACUCUUGCUAACACAAAAUACUGUUUGAAAGUUUUUCUAGGAUGCUAAAACACAUUUUCAGCUUUAUAUCCAAAACUACUGGUCUUUAAUAUGCAGUAGUUUGACUUUUAUUUUGUCUGUAUUUAAUUAUGACCUAGUUAAUCUACAGGACACCUGGCUAACAUUUAUUACUUAACUCUUACUUAACUCUUUGUACUCCAAAGAACAUGAACCCUAAUUUUGCCGUCCGGUGUGGGAAACACUUUUAUAUCAUGUUUUUGACGGUGCGCCACCGACGUCGAUAAGAAUUCGCUUUGACUGAAUAAGGAUUUUUAGAGAAACCUGCAGAAAUGCAGUUGUUUAGGUUAAAGUUCACAUGUGUGGCGUGCUUAAAAACUAUGUAUUUACACAUUAAUUAUCUUUAUGCUACAGUUCAUUCUCUGGUACUUGGUCUGUUUCCUGUAUCAAUCUGUUUGUGUUUGUGUGUUGUGUUGUUUGCUGGGUUUUUUUUUCCAUGAUUGAAAAAAAAAAAAAAAAAAAAAAGGUGUUCAAAAUGUCGUCUUAUUGAGACGGCAGUCUUUUUUGGUCAGAGUUGUAAACCGUAGAGAUGGGUGACCCUGUCCUGUGUACCUUAGUUUUAGUAAGGGACAUCUCUCUCAUUCUCUCUCUCUCUCUGUUAGCCCUAGACUUUUGGGUCAGCUCUGGUUAUUUGCUUCAGUUCAGACGCAUCGUCGACAGCAAAUGUAAAUAUAUUUAACCGUUUCCUUCGCUUUGCUUUCGGGGGCAGUAGAGUCCGCUGUCGUCUGGAGCAGAUCCCAGCUGAAUUCACGCCAGACGGAGAAAAACCCUGUUUGAUACAAAUUGUAUCAUGAACUAAGUCGCUGAUAUUAUUUAUAUACAGUACAUUGACUUGUCGGUGUAAUGCGAAAUGGCAAAGUGCAUUGACGACCGUUCUGUUUUAAUUGCAAUUUUACAACUUUUAUCUUUACAAAUAGCUUUGCGACAAUUCAUUUGAAAUAUAUAUUUUUUUGAAAAAUAGUUGCAGACCUACUAUGUUUAGGUAUCAACUACAUUACUUGUUUUCUUCGGGUUUCGUUAUUGGCCACGUUGGUAAAGAUGUGUAAGAAGAAACCAGUUUUACAUUCACACAAUCUCAAUAAAUGAGGAAAAAGUAAAAUUUUCACAUUUCUGUUUAUAUAGUGGAUCUUUUUACACAUCCAUAGCAGGGUGGGCAAUACCAGCUGUAAAUAACCAUUAAAGGAACAUUUAGUGAUUGACAGCCUGAUUUUAGUCUAAGGUUGGGAUCACUACGUUUUUAAAUCUCCAUUCUUGUUUUGCGUUGUUUUUAUUUAAGUAAGACGAGUUGUAAUGAACUUAAAACAAUUUCUCCCAAGUUAUGAAUUCAGUAGAGUUCAUUCGUGAUUAAAAUGGUAUUUAGACGAUAUCCCUGUGGCCAUUUUGAAUUUCUCCCAGAUAGCAUUAUUUUCAUCACACAUACACACCCUACACUCAUUUACGAACUCUAUUCGAUUUGACCGUUUAUUUGGGGCAGACAACAUAAUGAUGAUGUCGUUUUCUAAAUCCCCAUGGGACGCAUGGUUAUUUUCAUACAGUCAAAAUGGUUACUACUUAAGUCAGUUGAUGAGCAGUUUUUAAUCUUUUUGUGAAAACUGCUUAUCAAGCAUGGUUUUGAUGAAAUUCUCUUCAGAAUUGUUUCUAUCCUGAUGAUGUUUUUCCGUAUAAUUGCCAAAAAGCACUUAGGAAAAAAAACGACUAAAAAAGAUAUUUCUCAAAAACGCAAAAACUUUGAAAUUAGAAAGAAUUCAAACCCACAUUUGAAGUUCAAAAUGGCUACCAAGGAGGGUAGCUUGAGUGAGCCUUGUUGGUUGACAAGCUUGCUUCAUAGUCCGUGGUGACACAUUGUACAAAUAUCUGUUUAACUGUACAAUAAUAUUGAGAGAGAAUUAUUUGUGUUUAUUGAAGAAGCGCCUUCCCUCCGGCCUCCUGGCACCGUGUGUCAGUGUGGCGACUGAGCGUGGGCCCAAAGUAAUGCCUCUUCGUGGCAUUGUGCUUAUGACACAUCCGAUAAUCUGAACUAUGUUCAGCUAACUAUUAUGCAUGAAGGUUUUUUUUAAUUCUUAAUUUUCUGCAUGAGUUGUUUUUGUUUUUGUCUUGCCAUGAUGUUACCGACGGGCCUGUAGGUUUAAACGUUUGCUUGCUUGCACGUUUUCUGAGCAGGUCACUUUAUUUAUAUCUAACCGUGAAGGGGGCGUGGCCUCCUCUCCUCUGUGCUGCACCCGUGGUAACAUCUGACUUGUAAGUCUUUUAAAAUUGACUCGGAGGCUAAAAAAAAUCCAGUUUCGCAUUUGUUACAUUUUCUCAAUAAACUAACAGUGUAAAAACUUCCAACUGUAAUUGUGAUUGUUGAAUAAAGGCAACGUACUGCUCUAAAAUACA